GCGGGCGAGGCAGUCGGCGUGCCGCGUUCAAACCCUCCGAGGAGGCGGCCGCAGCUUAGUGCCCUCCCAAGGGUCCCACCCCGGAGGGGUGGAACCCGCCCUCGUCUUCUGGGGGAAACUUCUUUCGCGACAGUCCCGCGGCCGGGCGACGUUGAGACGGGAACCGCGGACCGUUCGUCGGCCAAGUGGCGCACGGAUACCAGACAUCUUCACCGCUUAGCAUGGUAAGCGACGGGCGCAACCCGGAGCCCCGACAACCCAGCCCGGCCGAAGAGCAGCCGGGUCAGCCAUCGUCCACCGAGCAGCACGUUCUCGCACCGUGCGGAGCCGCGGGCAGCGGUGCUCCAGGUCUGCGACGGUGCCUAGCCUGGGCUUGCCGAGCCUGCAAGCGGCACACGCUGGCCGUCGAUCGACGGAGGGCGGCGACACUGCGGGAGCGGAGGCGUUUGCGCCGCGUCAACGAAGCCUUCGAGGCGCUCAAGAGGAGGACCUGCGCGAAUCCCGGGCAAAGGCUGCCGAAGGUCGAAAUUUUGCGCAACGCCAUCGAGUAUAUCGAAGGACUGGAGGAUCUCCUUGAGGCUGCUGAUGGUGCACGGAUGACCAACAGGCUCUUCGGAACACCAAAGUCCAAUUCAGCGAAACCACCGCAGUCACACGACGACGACACGUCAAGCUGGAUGCCUUUACCUGAACGAGUGCAUCACAGUCCCCUGAGUAUCCAUGAUGGUCAGGAGUCAUGCGACCUUCCCGGUACCGUAUCAAGCUUGGAUCGACUGUCCCUGAUAGUGCAAAGUCUGAAUGGCUCUAGGAACCAGCUGCAAUCUACCUAAAGAGAAGCUUGCUGCAGAGCGACGGGGAAAAAUAUAUGUGUACAAUACAAUGAGGCCGGACCGUAAAUAUUGCCAAGUGAAAUGUGCCGUCCUUAGGGGAAAUACCUGCUGCUUCAUAUUAUUGGCAUCUACGAUGGACCGACAUGUGCCUUACAUCAUUGCAGGGAGUAUUGCCUGCUCCCUGUGGGAUGCUAGCUGUUACUGUUAAGUCUGACAGUUCACGCAAUAAAUAUUUUGAGAAAGUCAUUUAGAUAAGAAAAGUUGUAUGUCAGACCUAUACCUCAUCUGGAGUAAAAAAAACAAAUUGUAAAGUAAUGAAUUGGCUGAAAUAUUUUACUUGCGAGGAAUGAACUAGUCUUUCCGAUGACAGGAAAUGAAACUGCGUGAUUCAUUUUUUGCUUAGACCACCGCACGUAAUACAAAGAACAGCAGUGUUCAUGUAAUGAAGUCUCUGCCCACUUCUUAUCGAACAGCUUACACAAACACUUAUUUGCUGACAAUGCAGCCAGUGAACAAAAAUUAGAUUUUGUUCACUCUGGUAUACCGACUAUGUACUUGUACGAUCUUAAACGCUAUUAAAA